GGGUGGGGAUUCUGGGCCGGUGGCGGAGUCACUGUCGCUUCAGCCAGGCUGCGAAGCGGACGGACGCACCCCGUGCCCCGGGAAGGGGCGCCACCAGGGGAGGAGGAGGAGGGGAAGAGAUACCCUCUGCCCGAGAUCUCUCGAGGCUCUCAUCUCAGGGGCUAGGGGAUUGACAGGAGAGGGAAGCCAAGUUCCUCUAUCUGAUCUGCGUGAAGAGGCCGCGACCCUGGAGGGCCCUGAGCCCACCCACAUCAGGGGCCCUAGGACCACCCCGAGGGCCUAAAGCGACAGUCUUAGGGACCACUGCAAGGUUACCAGUUGCCUAGACAACGAGCCUAGGGGUCAGCAACAGCCCUUUCCAGCACCUGCCUCAGGCAUCACUCCUAGCCCCAAGCGUGCCUGCCAGUCCAGGUGACAUGCCGGUGCUCUCCACCCCACGGCCCUCGCGGGUGACCAUGCUGAGGCGCACAGCUGUGGUCCUGGCCCUCACAGCCUACGGAGUCCACAAAAUCUACCCUCUGGUGCGCCAGUGCCUGGCUUCGUCCAGGGGCCCUCAGGUGCCGGCUGGAGACCCCACGCAAGAGGCCCUGGGGGCCACAGCGGCCAAGGCUGGCAUGAACAGAGUAUUUCUGCAGCGGCUCCUGGUGCUUCUGCGGCUGCUGUUCCCUCGAGUCCUGUGCCGGGAGACUGCGCUGCUGGCACUGCACUCUGCUGCCCUGGUGAGCCGGACUUUCCUGUCGGUAUAUGUGGCCCGCCUGGACGGUCGGCUGGCCCGCUGCAUCGUGCGCAAGGACCCACGGGCCUUCAGCUGGCAGCUGCUACAGUGGCUCCUCAUCGCUCUCCCUGCCACCUUCAUCAACAGCGCCAUUCGCUACCUGGAGGGUCAGCUGGCCCUGUCUUUCCGAAGCCGUCUGGUGGCCCACGCCUACAGCCUCUACUUCUCCCAGCAGACCUACUAUAGAGUGAGCAACAUGGACGGGCGCCUGCGCAAUCCUGACCAGUCUCUGACAGAGGAUGUGGUGGCCUUCGCUGCCUCUGUGGCCCACCUCUAUUCUAACCUGACCAAGCCACUCCUGGAUGUGGCUGUGACCUCCUACACGCUGCUUCGUGCCGCCCGCUCGCGUGGAGCUGGUACUGCUUGGCCCUCGGCCAUUGCUGGCCUCGUGGUGUUCCUCACGGCCAACGUGCUAAGGGCCUUCUCACCCAAGUUUGGAGAGUUGGUGGCAGAGGAGGCACGUCGGAAGGGGGAGCUGCGCUACAUGCACUCUCGUGUAGUGGCCAACUCGGAAGAAAUCGCCUUCUAUGGGGGCCAUGAGGUGGAGCUGGCACAGCUGCAGCACUCCUACCAGAACCUGGCUUCGCAGAUCAACCUCAUCCUUUUGGAACGUCUGUGGUACGUCAUGCUGGAGCAAUUCCUCAUGAAGUAUGUGUGGAGUGCCUCGGGCCUGCUCAUGGUGGCCGUCCCCAUUAUCACUGCGACUGGCUACUCAGAGUCAGACUCGGAAGACAUGAAGAAGGCAGCCUUGGAGAAGGAAGAGCUUGUGAGUGAGCGCACAGAAGCCUUCACUAUUGCCCGCAACCUCCUCACAGCUGCUGCAGAUGCCACUGAGCGGAUCAUGUCAUCCUACAAGGAGGUGACAGAGCUAGCUGGCUACACAGCACGGGUUCAUGAGAUGUUCCAGGUAUUUGAAGAUGUCCAGCACUGUCGUUUCAAGAGACCAGGCGACACAGAGGACAGUCAGGCAUGGUGUGGGACCAUGGUACGAUCUGGUGUUCGUGUGGAAGGGCCCUUGAAGAUCCAAGGCAAAGUAGUAGACGUGGAGCAGGGGAUUAUCUGCGAGAACAUCCCCAUCAUCACGCCCACAGGAGAGGUCGUAGUGGCCAGCCUCAACAUCAGGGUAGAAGAAGGCAUGCACCUGCUCAUCACGGGCCCCAAUGGCUGUGGCAAGAGCUCUCUUUUCCGGAUCUUGGGCGGGCUCUGGCCCACGUACGGUGGUGUACUCUAUAAGCCCCCACCCCAGCGUAUGUUCUACAUCCCACAAAGGCCCUACAUGUCCGUGGGCUCCUUGCGUGACCAGGUGAUCUACCCGGACUCAGUGGAGGACAUGCGGAGGAAGGGCUACUCCGAGCAGCAGCUGGAAGCCAUCCUGGACAUCGUUCACCUCCACCAUAUCCUGCAGCGGGAAGGAGGUUGGGAGGCCAUAUGUGACUGGAAGGAUGUCCUGUCAGGGGGUGAGAAGCAAAGAAUCGGCAUGGCCCGCAUGUUCUACCACAGGCCCAAGUACGCCCUCUUGGACGAGUGCACCAGUGCUGUAAGCAUAGACGUGGAAGGCCAGAUCUUCCAGGCGGCCAAGGAUGCAGGCAUCGCGCUGCUCUCCAUUACCCACCGGCCCUCCCUAUGGAAGUACCACACACAUUUGCUGCAGUUUGAUGGGGAGGGGGGCUGGAAGUUCGAGAAGCUGGACUCAGCUGCCCGCCUGAGCCUGACCGAGGAGAAGCAGCGUCUGGAGCAGCAGCUGGCUGGCAUUCCCAAGAUGCAGCGGCGCCUCCAGGAGCUCCGCCAAAUCCUGGGAGAGGCCAUAGCCCCCCAGCAGCCCCCAGCAGCUAGCCUCCCAGGCCCUGGUGUCCCCACUUGAUGAGGACCCAGUCCCUUGGCCCUCCCCCUCCCCAGGCUCUCUGAUCACAUGAAGGAAACUGCAGCUCCCACCCUGUCCUCACAGGCCCUGCAUGCCUUUACCUCUUCCUGGCCUCCUUGCUGGGGGUUCUGCCCUUUGUAGAAGACCCCAGGGAACCUGUCUUCUUCCCCAUACCACCACCCCCAGGCAAGUAGGAAUGGAGGGUGGCACCCUACUUCCUGCCCCCAAUUGUCCAUCACUCUGGGGGCUGCUCUACAGUAACUGUCCUGUUCAGGGCAGCAAGUCCUUUACUUUUCUCUGGGGGCGGGGUGGUGAGCCCACAGUCCUGACCCUGCACCUAUGUAUGGUUGAGCCAUACACAGGAAGCAAUCAGGGACCCCUCAGGCCCCUGCUCACUGCCACAGCCAGAGACUUGGCAAGCCUGGUGACUGUGUGUCAUCUGCCUCCUGAAAUUCAAGUUCCUGUUAUUACCUCUUCAAUACCUUGCAGACCCCAUGGUCCUUCCUUCUAUUGCCACCUUCCAGGGUAGCCAGCCAAGGCCCCUGUUCCAGGAAGCAUCUUUCCUGCCAUAGAAGCAACCAGAUGGGGCCCAGGGCCAGCCAGUCCCAUGCGUGCAUCUUCUCCCCCAUGGUGGUCGCAGAGAGCCCUGGGGAGAAAGAAUGGCUCAGCAUUCCUCCCAGCCACAAGAAUGUAGCCUGGCUGGUUCACUCCCUUGCUUUCUCUCCUUCUACAGCCUAAUUUAUUGGAUUCCCUGUUUGUAGCCAUCUAAAUUGCCAAUGUGAGCACCCUGCCAGCAGGGGAGGCCACCAGGCGCAGUCCCUCCAGCUGCCCAGCCUCUGAGGCCACAGGCCCUGUUCCCACGGGUGCCAAGCCUGGCCCCCCCACCAGCCUAUACUGCCAGCCGCCACUGGGGGGCGUGCUCUGCCUGCCAGGGGGAGUAAGGGCACAGUGUUUCCUGCUCAGUGCCAAAGAGGGGUCCUAGGGGGCGCUGUCUCUACCAAGCCAGCCCUUGCCAAGAGAGACCCCACCACCGCUGUGUGCCUUUCCUGGGCCCUCAGCCCGUGGGCGGGGGCACCCCCCUUAGUCCCCUCAGUAAAAACAUCCUACAGAAAAUGCA